AUGGACAAAAGCCCAGAUCCAAGCAGACCAGGACGUGUGUGCGUUGAGCGCAUAUGCAUAGAUCCAUCAAAGCACGAUUGUCAUGUAGCUGCUAUAUGCACUGAAGUUACUGGUCCCGAGCGCUAUAGGUGCUCAUGCCGGAACGGCUACAUCGAUAUCAACCCAAGCAAACCUGGAAGAGAAUGCAAGGAAUCAGUAAAUGAAUGUUUGGAUCCGUCACUGAACGACUGCGACCCGACAGCUACAUGCCAUGAUCUGAAAGAAGGAUACACGUGUACCUGUCCAGCGAAUUCCAAAGAUCUCUCUCCGGAUAAGCAAAAACCUGGUCGCAAGUGUUACAUCGUUAGUCCUCCUACGAUUUUCAUGAACGCUGGCAUCUUCCCUUAA